AUGGAGAAGAGUUUGUUCUCGUGGAAUGUGGAUUCGACGAGUGCUCUGCUGUUUACUUCUGUUUCUUUUCAUUGUUGAUGUUUUCGGGCGCUCAUGUUUCCGAUGAUAAAACAAACUAGUGCAUAAUAUUUUUCAAUUCCAGGGAUGAAUGACUCUGAGAACCUCCUGAAAAGGCCUGCCAUCCGUAACUGUUCUCCGCCGCGUUAUGUUUCACCGGUAAGUCGAGUUUGUGUGCUGUUUCUCAAGUUUAGAAUAUGUUAUACCUCACUGAAGUCAAGUUUAUGAAAUGGUUGUCGAAAAAAGAAUUUUUGUGGGCUUUCAUGCUUGCUUAACAAGCUGCAAUAAGUGCAUUGAUGUUUUCAAUAAUUUGCAAUGGUUUUUUAGAACUUGGUUUAUUUCAGAACGGAUCUCCCCACACAACUCCCACCAAGUUCAGGCCCGAUGGAGGUGAUCGGUUUAUGCCGUUCCGAGAGCAAUCCCUUGCUUGGUCCACCAAGUAUGCUUCUCUUUCCGCAUCGCCGUUGAUUGAGAAGAAUGCGAAAGCAUUACAAUCGUCGGAGAAUGCCAAUCCAACAUCCCAUCGAGAGCAAUCUUCCCCCAACAAUUCGAACCAUCAGUCUUCUUCUUCGAACGCUCAAAACAACGAUGAUCAAGUACAUGAUUCGGUCACUCAUCGGGCUUUGCUGAAAAACGAACUACUCAAUCAUAGCAUCGUCGAUAUACGAGUGAGUUUUAGUUUAGUUCUAGUUAUUUGAGAUCGCAGAAUAGGUUUGAUAAUUUAAAUUUAGUCAUUUCAAAGUCAUUACGAUGGAUCAGAUGCAGUCAAUGUGAUGGAAAGGCAUAAGAAUGAAGCUUUGUUACGGUUUGGCCAUCGGACACCACAGAAACUCACAGUGUUGGCUGAAAGCUCAAUAUUUUCCAAAAGUCCGUUGUCAAAUGAUUCCCAAAAACUGCUGAAAUCACCUAGAAAGCCUCAGAGAAAGGUCCCCAAGAAUCCGUACAAGGUAAAUUCUUUGCUACAAGUACUGACUGAAGUACUAAAGCCUUAGAAACAACAAUUUAUUGUCUUCUUUUGUAGGUUCUUGAUGCCCCUGAACUUCAAGACGAUUUCUACUUGAACCUGGUAGAUUGGAGCUCCCUCAACAUGCUUAGCGUCGGUCUUUCAUCUUGUGUCUACCUCUGGAGCGCAUGCAAUUCCUCCGUGACAAAGUUGUGCGACUUGUCACCUGAGAAUGACUCGGUAACAUCGGUUCAAUGGACGGAACGAGGAGAUUUCUUGGCAGUGGGAACCUCUCGUGGUCUCCUACAGAUCUGGGACACCCAUGCACAGCGGAAGAUCCAUGAAUUGUCCGGUCAUAACUCGAGGAUUGGAUGUCUGGCAUGGAACAACGACACGAUUUGUACAGGAUCGAGGGAUCGGUCGAUUAUCCAUAGGGAUUUGAGACAAUCGCACGUCAUCGAAAGGAGGUUGAACUCCCACAGACAAGAGGUAGGAAUUACUUAAACUUUGUCCUUCCAAUUUUUAGGUUUGAAAAAAACGUAAUUCAAUUAUUCAUAGGUUUGCGGUCUUAAAUGGUCUCCAAACAAAGAGUAUCUCGCCUCUGGUGGCAAUGAUAAUCAACUGUUGAUAUGGUCUCUGCGUAAGAAUGAGCCCGUCCAAACUCACACAGAACAUAACGCAGCUGUAAAAGCAUUGGCAUGGUCUCCUCACCAUCAUGGCGUCCUAGUGUCAGGUGGUGGAACGGCCGAUAGAUCUCUUCGAUUCUGGAAUACAUUGACUGGACAAGCUAUGCAAUGCAUCGAAACAGGAUCACAAGUAAGUUUUUGUCAUUAUUAUUGGAUCUGUCUUUAGGUUUGUAACGUGGCAUGGUCAAAACAUUCGUCGGAGUUGGUAUCCACCCAUGGUUAUAGCCUCAAUCAGGUUGUUCUAUGGAAAUACCCAACCAUGCAGCCGAUCGUAAAAUUGCAAGGACAUCAGCUCAGAGUUUUGUAUUUGGUGAGUGAUUAGCUUCGUGUUUAAUGAAUGAACAGAUGAUGCGUUUUGAUAUAUGUUUUGACGUUAUCAUUUUACAGGCAAUGUCGCCGGACGGUGAAGCGAUUGUAACUGGCGCUGGAGACGAGACCCUACGUUUCUGGCACGUGUUCUCGAAGUCGAAUCCUCAAAAAGUGAAUCGAUCGGCAUUGAAUCUCCACUCUCGUAUUCGAUAA